AUGGUAUCAGAGUUGCAGACGAAACUGGUGAGAAUCCAGGAAGAAAAGCGUAGAGCAGAAACCCAUUUUACUCAACUCAUCGAAGAGUUUGAACGUACCUUGAACGAAUUAAAGUCGUACCAUUCUGAAACUAUCAAAAAGAAGGAGGAAGAAUGUGUACGGAAGAUUUUCGACCUUGAAAACGAACUGCAGAAGCAGCGUGAAAGGACGCUUGAUAUCAUUUUGGAAAAGGAUAAAGAACUGGAGUUAAUGAGGGAGAUUUUGCGAGCACGAAGCAGAAGCAGUGUCAAUUCUUCGACGUCCAACGGCUACGCUGGUCAAGAAUCGCCUAAUAUUGCCUUUAAUCUGACGCCUCGUUCGUCUUCGCCUUUCACCGGUGAUAGAGGUGGCUCUUCGCUGAUAGCUCAGUAUGAGACGGUCAUCAAUGAUGCAGAGGUGUCACGCCUUAGGGCAGAACUGCGGGAAGUGAAGGAUCAGUUGUGCGAAUUUAAACGAUCUUCGAUGAUGUUGAACUUAGAGAAGUCAGAGAAGGUCGAGGCGCAGAAGCAGGAGAUAAUGAACUUGCGGAUCAGACUUGCGCGCAGCCGCCACGAUACAAAUCUCGAAUACCUGAAAAACGUUCUGCUGCGAUUUGUAUCGUCCGAAAGUUCGACCGACCGGCAACACAUGGUCAAGGCGUUGGCAGCGCUGCUCAAACUUUCGCAGAGCGAGGUCUGUCGGCUGCAGAAAUGCUCCUUUAGGCAAAAAUGA